CCGCGACGCCAGCGCGGGCGAGAGGCCUGCGGAGCAGGGGCUGUCUCCGGAGCCCGGAGCCCAGGCAGGCGCCAUUGCUAAAAACCAAAAUGGCUGCCCCAGGGAAAGGAGCCCAGCUCAGGCCGUGAGGGGCUGCGCCUCGCCUGCCCCGCCGGCCGGCAACGCCACUUGGCCCGCCGGACCUCGCCCAGAGACCAACCGGUGCUCGUUGGACCAGCCGUGUGGACGAACCACAGCAGCACUGACCAGCGUCCACGACUCUUCCGUCAGAGCAAAUCAACAAGAGUGCGCUCCUGCUCUGGACCUGAGGAGACUUCACUGUGCCUGGCAGAGCUUGCACUUUCUCACAGGAGCUAUGAGAUACUAGAAGAGGAUAUUUGCUUUAUACCUUGGUAAAGCACCAGGCAAGAAGCAACUCUUCAGAAAUGAAGUAGAGAAACAGCUUUUGUGAAAUACUCUUCUUCCUUCCUGUACCCCAUAUUCAAAUCUAGCACUGAGAUCAACAAAAAAAAAAAGAAAUGAUCAAAUUUUUUCUUAUGGUAAACAAACAAGGUCAAACAAGGCUCUCUAGGUAUUAUGAGCAUGUAGAAAUUAAUAAACGGACAAUGCUAGAAGCUGAAGUAAUCAAAAACUGUCUCUCUCGUUCAAAGGAUCAGUGCUCUUUCAUUGAGUAUAAGGACUUCAAGCUGGUAUACCGACAGUACGCAGCGCUCUUCAUAGUGGUUGGAAUCAACGAGACUGAGAAUGAGAUGGCAGUAUAUGAACUAAUUCAUAAUUUUGUGGAAGUUUUGGACAAAUACUUCAGCAGAGUGAGUGAGUUAGAUGUAUCCUUUUCAAUCAUGUUCAAUUUGGACAGAGUGCACAUAAUUCUGGAUGAAAUGGUGCUAAACGGCUGCAUCGUGGAAACAAACAGGAACAGAAUUCUUGCCCCUCUGUUAGUGCUGGACAAAGUGGCAGAAAGCUAGGAAGGUGCGAGAGUGACUACAGCAUUUUACGAAACACGGUGAAACCAUCAAGAAUGUACUGACAGCAGUUUUCUGAUGUCGCAAGACCGACUCAUGCAAUAUUCAAAUCAGCUGGAAAUUAUUUCCUGUUUCUUCUACACCCUAUGUACCUAAUGGAAAGAUACAGCAAAAGUGGAAACUUCAAAUUCAGAUGCAGCUUUAUUGACUCAGCAGAGAUCUUUCUAGA